CCUCGAAAUCGACAGCGCGAAAUGUAUUUUCGUAUCUAUUUACUCUUUCUUGCAUUAUUCGCCGCAACGCAACCGCAGCACUGCCAAUUAAAUGCAAUCGCGAAGCGGCAAAAACGCUGGUUUCCAGCGCUAAUUUUUCCGCCAACCAGUCCAACGCGAAUACAGUUGAUUGUGGGCAUUGGCAUACCGCUGGAGGAUUUACUCUACGAAGCAAUGACCACCGGUUAUGUGCUCAAGGCCGAAUAUUUUUUAGCCGAUUCGGUGGAGAAGCUUUUCACCAUCAGCCGCAUGCCGUUUACGGCGCGUCAACUGCAGGCAAGAAAGUUGACCAAAUUUGAGCGUUUCUUAGCGCGUGCAGAUGAAUGGAAGCGUUAUGCCGCUUGGGAGCGCCACCUGACCGAGCAUCGUAAAGUGCUGUCCAGCUAUCGUUGGUCCAUUUAUAAAGCGCUCGAAGGUUUAGCGGAGCGCAUUGCACCCGCGGGACGCGCAUGUGUGUUGAAGAGCAUUUGUGAGGCGGCGGAGACGCCCUUUCACUACCGCAAUGGGCUGUUUGGCGAACUGCUGCACAUACUAUUGACGCCCUCUUCUUCGAUGGAUGAGUUAUCCGAGCAUGCGGAUAACGAGUAUUUUUAUGCUGAGUCAAUGGGGCGCUCUGGUGCAGACUGCAGUUUGGUUUUCAGGGUUUGUAAAAAGUCGCUUUUGGAACAUUUUUCAAAUAUUUGCGAUCAAUAUCUGGCAACGGUGCUGCCAUAUGCGCGUUGCAAAAUUAAAGCGGCGCGCUCUGCCUCGCGUAAAAGUCCGAAGCAAAAAUCAAACCAGAAAUCGCGACGCAAAUCAGCAUCCUGCCAGCUGUUGCUACAAUGCUUUCCCACACUGCUGCCAGAAGUUGCGCGCUGUAUUUUGCUACUAUCUGUGCCGUGA